UCUGCUUCCUUAUGGUUCCGUAAAUAAAGAUUGAUGUCAACAUAGCCUGAUAAGGCGAUCGAGCGGUGGUACACAUGGCCUUGUCAAACGCAACUGCAUUGCUAAGUUUUGUUUUAACGAGUGCUUGAUCAAACGGGACUCACUACAUGAUCACCAAGCUGCAUCAAACAGGAGAAUAAAGGAAGAAUCUCAAAGCGCACGCGCAUGCGGGCGCAAGUUACUCCCCGAUCGAAUUAGCAGAAGAAUCUUCUUCGGUUGAGACGUUGCUUUCCCUGGCCUCCACGCCCCAUCUUCCUAUACUUUUAAAGCCAUUAACACCCACUGAAGAGAGUAGCUAGCGAGCCACUGCACGCACACCCACCAGCCACCAGUCACACAGAGCACAGCACAGAGAGCAGAGCCAUGAGCAAGGAGAAGCACCACAGACACGAGCACCACCUCCGGCGCUGCUGCGGCGGCUUCGCCGCGUGCCUCCUGGCGCUGGUCGUCGUCGUGGCAUUCAUUGCGCUCGUCGUCUACCUUGCGCUCCGCCCCACCAAGCCUUCCUUCUACUUGCAGGACCUGCAGCUCCGCUCCAUCAACCUCGGGGAUCCCUCCCUCUCAGCCACCGCGCAGGUCACGCUUGCCUCCCGCAACCCCAAUGACCGCGUCGGCAUCUUCUACAGGCGCCUCGACGUCUUCGUCACCUACCGCGAUGAGCCCGUCACCGUGCCGGUCUCCCUGCCGCCCAUGUACCAGGGACACCGGGACGUCACCAUCUGGUCCCCCGUGCUGUCCGGGGAGUCCGUGCCCGUCGCCGGAUACGUCGCCGAGGCCAUGAAGCAGGACAUCGCCGCCGGGUACGUGUCGCUGCUGGUCAAGAUCGACGGCCGCGUCAAGUGGAAGGUCGGGAGCUGGGUCUCCGGCAGCUACCACCUCUUCGUCAGCUGCCCCGCCAUGCUCGCCGCCGGCCCCGGUGGCAUGCCGCUCGGGGGUGGCCUCAACGGCACCGGGGGCGCCGUCGCGUCACUGAAAUUCACGCAGCCGACAGGGUGCACCGUCGGCACGUGAUAGAAUGGACCGCGCAUACGGUCGCAUGUUCGUACUGUAAGUGGAAGAAACUACUACGUAGCAGGAUACUUCUUCUCUUCGUGUCUCUAAACAAUUUCUAUUUAUAUAUUGUAGUAAUAUAAGUUGUCUAAAGCUCUUAAUUUUUGUAUGUCUCGUUAAUCGGAGAAUAAACUGUGUUGAUGUAUGCAUUUCAAUUUUGGAA